ACCUUCAGUAAGCUACUGUCCUCCGUGGUGGUGCCCAGUGUCGUGACUGGCUGUCUGUGACAGUGACAGUGACAGUGACAGUGACAGGUCUGUGAGUGUGCGACAGUGACUGUGUCUGCGACUGCGACUGUGAUCGUGCCAUGACCGGGCAGUGACGCCGGACUCCCGGAUCAGUGUGGGUGUAUGUUGCAGGCCUAGUCAGAUAACGCCGCCACCACGACGCCCAUCAAGCAGGACUUGCACCAGGCACCGCCUCCGUAUGGUAGGCGCCGCGGCGGGAAACCGUCCUCACUCGCUUCUACGUUCGGUCUCCAGUACUUCCAGGAGGACGGGGGCUCGGGCUCAGGGGCUCUACUGGGUCCUAGGGCCCACGCUCCCCUACUGGCUCCGUGCUGCGUGCCCCUGCCCGUCACCCAGAGCCACAACAUAGGCCGAGCUGCCGGUUCAGCGGCGUCUGCCAGCACCAUGAUCAUCGCUUGCGCCGGCUGCGACAAGCCCAUUCUUGACAAGUUCCUGCUGAAUGUGCUGGACAGGACGUGGCACGCCGAGUGCGUCCGCUGCGUUGACUGCCACAACAACCUCACCGACAAGUGCUUCAGCCGCGAGGGCAAACUCUUCUGUCGGAAUGACUUCUUCAGGCGAUACGGUACCAAGUGCAAUGGGUGCUCACAAGGCAUCUCUCCCAGCGACCUCGUAAGGAAGGCACGGGACAAAGUGUUCCACCUCAACUGUUUCACCUGCAUGGUCUGUAGAAAACAACUCUCUACAGGCGAGGAACUGUACGUUCUUGACGAUAACAAGUUCAUCUGCAAAGAAGAUUACAUCACAGGCAAAGGGCAUGGCGAAUCUCUGCCUUACUCCGGCUCCGAAGAUGAGGAUGACGACGAAAACAGCAGCUCGACAGCGGGGCUGAUGAAACAUCACCACCUACACAGCCACAGCCAUGGCCACGGCCACAGCCAGCUGCAUCCAGGUACUCCGGAAACCAACAAUAACUCGCUGUCUGCUGGCGAUCUCCAGGGGCCACUGGGCCACUCGGCUGCUGCGGAUACGAAGCCAGGACAGGAUGACUCGGAAGACCAAGGUUCACUGGAUGGCGACACGGAAACCAGGGACUCCCAGACAGAAAACAAGUCCCCGGACGACGGUAACUCCGGGUCGAAGAGGAGAGGUCCAAGGACUACCAUCAAGGCCAAGCAACUUGAGAUCCUCAAGACGGCGUUCUCGCAGACACCGAAACCAACAAGGCACAUCAGGGAGCAACUCGCCAAAGAAACGGGUCUGCCCAUGAGGGUUAUACAGGUUUGGUUCCAAAAUAAGAGAAGCAAGGAACGACGGCUGAAGCAGCUGACUUCUAUGGGCAGAGGGCCAUUCUUCGGUGGCUCUCGCAAAAUGAGAGGUUUUCCCAUGAACCUUAGCCCGGGCGGGCUGGACGAGCCUCCUCCAGGCUUCCCGUACUUCGCCACUGCCGACGGCAAGUUCGAGUUUGGGUACGGCGGUCCGGGAGGCUUUCCGCACGAGUUCUUCCCCGGCCACCAUGCUCACGGACAGCCGCUGCCGUUCAACCCCCAAGUACUCUUCGCCUUCUCAGGUGGACCCAUGGAUCAGGGUCCGAUGGGACCCAUGGGAAAUGAAUUCGGCCAGAUGACUCCGGAGCCACCACCAGGUUUUAUCCCCCAACCACCUCCCCCGAGCGAACAGCAACUACUCUCUCAACGCGCCAGUCCCGAGUUCAUCAAUUCUCAAGGUGUGAGUGGCAGCACGUUCUCCGAGCCCCAGUCUCUGCAGAACGAGGGUCUAGUGUGGUGAUAGCUCCACGGGCCACACGACCAAGUGCCAUAUUACACCAGAUAUUGUGGAACAUUGUUGCGAUCAGUGAUAUGACACAAUAGCCAACUUAAGUUUUCGUUAUAUACUUUAACUCACUGUGAACCUUAAGUGUGGACCCUGCUAUUUUUUUACUGUACUAGAGUAUGUAUGUCUUCAUUCAUUUGAAAUAUGCGUGACCGUAAACUUUUGUUAAAGCGUUAUGCUUAUGUAUAUAAAUAUACAUAUAUGCACAAUUUCGAAUAGACUUUAUGAUACAUCAUCAUUGUUUCGACAGUGUAAAUUAUAUAAUUUAAUACUGUAUUCUUGGUUAUGUUCUUCAACAAGCGAGAUGGUAUGAGCGACCCGUUAUCUUGGAUGAAAUGUUUCUUUACGUUGUUCUGUAACAUUUAUGUACAGUAAGGUAUCAGUAAGAACAGCUGUUCGUUAUUAGAAGUACACCUGUCUAUUGAUCGGCUAGUAAUAAAAAUAUAUUUAUGUUCGAAUUUU